AUGGCAACGGACGGUGAACUGACUGACACGGGCGAAGUGAACAUAUUCGACAUUGUGAAUUUGGACAGCUUUGAGCGUUCGUUGAGAAAUGGCAUCGAAUGGAUCUGUCAGGAAUAUCGUCUUCCCAAGGAGCAGUACUUUCUUCAGUUUUAUUCUUUGUGGUGUACCCUCAGCGAGAUGGCCAAGUUACUUAUGAAACUGGGAUUCUUAUGUACCCUUACCAAACAUCAUUCGCUGGCUUCGUUUCUAUCUAACACAAAGCUGACUUUCAACGUUGACCGAGAAAGUCGACAGGCUUUGCAGCGACAAGAAAAGGGUUCAGCAUGGAAUAUACGCCGUUCAUUGGCAACGCUCGUCGGCAUUGGCGUGCUUUUCAUUCAAUUUCUUGACUACUGGCGAGAAAACAAAGAAAAGUUCGACGGUCGAUACAAGUGCCCUGUUCCAAGGCCACCUCAUGGCGUAAGUAUAAUUACUUCGGCUUCAUAAAC